UCCCAUCCAAGACUAUUGUCGCGUACAGUAACGCGAAAUAAAAACAAGAGAUCACACAUAUUAUAAUGGGGACGACGAUGGAGGAAAAAUCCUCCAUGGAAGUGGAGCAACAACCAAGAAAACAAGUUUCUUCUUCUUCGUCUUCGUCCGCCCCGAUAUGGAAGAUGGUAGCUGUGGCAUCCAUAGCUACCGGACUCCAGUUCGGGUGGGCCCUACAGUUCUCCCUCCUCACCCCGUACGUCCAGCUGCUGGGAGUCCCCCACAAGUUCGCCUCCUUCAUGUGGCUCUGCGGCCCCAUCUCCGGCAUAGUCGUCCAGCCCCUGGCCGGCCACUACAGCGACAACUGCACCUCCCUCUUCGGCCGCCGCCGCCCCUUUAUUGCUUCCGGCGCCUUGCUCGUCAUCCUCGCCGUCUUCCUCAUCGGAUUCGCUGCCGAUAUCGGCCACGCUGCCGGCGACCGCCUCGGUAAAACCACCAAGCCCCGCGCCGUUACUGUUUUUGUCAUCGGUUUUUGGACACUCGAUGUCGCCAAUAACACGCUACAGUGUGAUCAGGGUAGCGACACUUUGGUGGUCGGCAGCGAAAGAUAGCAGUGUGACAUUGAAAGUGUGACAGUUACAAUGUGUCAAUGUGGUGAAUGCGACAGUGAAACAAUGACCGUGUGAACUCCUAUUUUUGCUUUAAAAGAAUUGUGACUUCUAUUUUAGUAUCCUUAUAGUUUUUUACCCCUAUAUUAAAUUUUUAUCUUUUAU